AUGCCUGAUGUGCAACCUCUGGCGGAACGGUCAAGCACGGAGCCUGAACCGCGUCUGCCGCUUCACACGUUCUCACCGCCCAUCAUCUUUCCACCACUAGACCAGCCUCACAAGCAAACGUUUGUUUUCCUUCAUGGUCGGGGGUCCAGCGCCCGCAAUUUCGCGCCUCCAUUCCUCUCGUCCCCAGUAGGAGGGUCAUCAACUGGGGCAGAUUCAAAGUGUCUGAGAGAAGCUUUGCCUAACACGCGGUUUGUGUUCCCCACAGCGCCGCGGUCGCGGGCUACAAUUUAUAGACGGUCCAUCAUAAACCAGUGGUAUGAUGGGAGCGGAGAUUGGGAGGAGACAGUUCUGGGCCACGCCAGAGAAACUGUUGACUUUGUGCACGAUCUCUUACAAGAAGAAGCGCUUCUUGUUGGCGGAGCCGAUAGGAUCAUCCUGGGUGGUAUAAGCCAGGGUUGUGCGACCGCACUUGUGUGUCUGCUGCUCUGGGAGGGGAAGCCCCUUGGCGGCCUCAUGGGUAUGUGUGGAAUGCUGCCGAUGAAUGGUGUUCUUGGGGACACUUUGUGUGCGUCAAAGGAGUCCCAUAGUAAGGAAGAGACCGGUAGCUGGGAAAUGACGUCUCACGCAAACCAAGAGGUUGGAGACGACGUCUUUGAAUCAACAAGCGAAGAUGGUUCAGACCCUUUUGCCCAUGAUGAAAAUCAGUCGCCAGCGACCCCGCUAAUACAAGCUCUGAAUAUUUUACGGGGGGAGAUGGACCUCCCAUUACUAGAAAUGAGCUCGGAGUUUCCAUUUCAAGAGACUCCCGUAUUUCUCGGUCACGGUACCGAGGACGACAAUGUAUUAUUCCAAUAUGGUCAAAAUGCGUCGCGUGUUCUGAGAACGAUGGGGUGCGAAGUUGAAUUCAGGAGUUAUGAGGGGCUAGGGCACUGGUACUCUAAAGAUAUGCUAGAUGAUAUACUCACCUUCCUUGACGAGAAGGUGGCCUGCUAUAGCAGCCUAUGA